CCCAACUACUCACUCUAUCUGCUGUAGAUGCUUUUACGGACGGACCUUUGGCUUGAGGACCAUGCCGAUCAGGCGGGGUAGAGAUCCCUUAUCAUGCCGCGCAGCAGUAGACGGUCCAAAUCCAAGUUCCCAGCACCCGCCAGACUCUACCCCAUAGCCGCGAGGAAUGCUGGGGAGGAGGCCGUGGAUGAAUGAAAAGCGUUCCUACUGCCGACUAGGUUUCUGGAUUGCAGCUGUUGAUGCCGUUCUUCCAAGGCAAUUCCAUGUGUGCGGUGCAGGUGUGUCGCCCUCCGCAUCCAGUGAACAGAAUCCGAAGGGGUCUGAGGUUACCUACCCAGCAGGUUUGUUUCCCAGCAGAGAAGAAUGUGAUCAUGUCACAUACCUAGCUAUCUCUGCGGGCAAAAGCAGGUGGAUGGACUGGCCUGUACACGAGCUCGCUCCGAACAAUCAGGAAAGGUAGGUAGCCAGCAAGGGCGAGGCUGGCAAAGCGAGAAGAGGCCGAACGGAUGGUCUCUUAGGCAUGCAUGCACUGGGCUGGUUGUUCUACAUAGUACGGAGACAGUACCUCCUGAAUUCUAUUCUUUCCAGGAAGAAUUCCAGGGGGCAUAAAUAGAAUUCCUGAGGCAAGCAGGAAGACACUGGCUCAAUGACUUGGGAGCUGAGAAAGGAAAGGAGCUGUCACCCCACAGGAGCUUGGUUGGGACGAGUCACAUCUUACGGGGUUUGGUUGACUCUGAUUGACUCUUUGCCUGUCUACAGAGUGACACCUAACUCUUCAUAGUGGUCGCACUUAGGAUCCA